UUGUUGGUGCUUUGACCUCUAGUCAAAGAACACACAGAUAUCAUCACAAGUUACAUUGAUAGACCACACCCCUAAAACAGCAGUGAAAAAGCAGAGUCUGUUAUACAGUACUUGUCCUUUCAUAUGAGCAGGAUGUUCACGUACACGGUGUCUGUCACUACUGGCAAACAGGAGUUUGCUGAGACAGUUAAUGAUAUAUAUUUGACUCUGGUGGGCACGGAGAGAAGCAGUGACCGAACUCUAGUGGACAAAUCUGUUGUGGACCAUUUUGCAAGAGGAUCGGUGGUAUCUGUUGACAUCAGAGUGAAGGAGGUCCUUGGAGACAUAGUGCUGGUGAAACUUGGGAAGGAGAAAAUCUUGUUCAAUGAUCAUUGGUACUGCAAAUGCAUCAGUGUGACGACACCCUCCGGAGACUCCUUCGAGUUCCCCUGUUAUCGCUGGAUAGACAAGGAACAGGAAGUGGUUCUUCGAGAUGGCAAGGAUCGAUUGCCUCAGGAUGAUAAUAUGAAAGAGUACAGGCGCAUGGAACUGGACUCAAGACAACUGCUGUACAGGUGGAAGGAGUGGCGCCCUGGUUUCCCCAUGAGCCUCGACGCCAAUUCAAACACUGAACUUCCUUUGGACAUUCGGUUCGAAGCUGCAAAAUCUGUGGACUUCUCUUUGAAUUACAUUACAGCGAUUAAGAAUCUUGGACUUAAUAAAUUUUUGCAGUUGUCCUCUUGGAAAGAUAUUGCAGAUUUUGAAAAAAUAUUUGUGAAAAUCAAGAACUCUGAGUCAGAGUAUGUGAUGCAGAACUGGAAUAAGGAUUACUUCUUUGGCUAUCAGUUUUUGAAUGGCUCCAAUCCGGUGAUGAUCAGCAAGUGCAUGAAUCUUCCAGACAAGUUUGCAGUCACACAGGAGAUGGUGGAGGGGUCCCUGGAUAGAGGUCUUACACUACAAGAGGAAUUAAAAGCAGGAAACAUCUACAUAGCAGACUAUGCAAUAAUGGAGGGAGUACAAGCCAAUGCCACAGACCCAGAUACCAAGCAGUAUUUGGCUGCUCCCUUCUGCCUGCUGUACAAGAACAGCCAGAAUGAAAUCCUACCAAUUGCUAUUCAGCUCAGUCGUCAGACCACUGUAGGAGUGGGGAACACAGUCUUUCUCCCAAGCGAUAAUCAGUACGACUGGAUGCUGGCCAAGAUGUGGGUGAAAUACGCUGACUUCAAUGUACACCAGCUGGUCACACACCUUCUCAGGACACAUCUGAUAUCGGAGGUUUUUGCCAUCGCCAUGUACAGACAGCUCGCUGCAGUCCAUCCCGUAUUCAAGUUGCUGAUACCUCAUGUCCGUUUCACCAUUGCCAUCAACACAGCAGCUCGUGAAAAACUCAUCUGUAAAUCUGGGCUCUUUGAAAAGGCUAAUGGUACCGGUGGAAUUGGAAUUGUUGAAGUGAUUCAAAAGGCCAUGAAAACUUUAACCUACAAGUCCCUGUGCUUCCCUGAGGCCAUGAAAGCUCGAGGAGUGAACAAGAAGGAAGAUCUGCCCAACUAUUACUACAGAGAUGAUGGCAUGAUGGUCUGGGAGGCAGUGAAAAGUUUUGUUUCUGAUGUGGUCAAGAUCUACUACAGCAGUGAUGAGACAGUUCAGAAGGAUGAGGAGAUCCAGGCAUUUGUUCAAGAUGUUUGUUUCUCUGGUCUGAAGAAUUCUCCCAAGGAAUGUGAGUUUCCAAAUUCCCUGAAAACCCGGGAGCAGUUGGUCGAGUACUUGACUGUUGUGAUUUUCACAGCUUCAGCACAACAUGCUGCUGUCAACUUUGGACAGUAUGACUGGUUUUCCUGGAUCCCCAACAGUCCCUGCACCAUGCGGAAGCCUCCUCCCACACAGAAGGGCCAGGUGGAUAUGAAGUAUAUCAUGGAGAGUCUGCCGGACCGAAGACGUUCCAGUUGGCAUCUAGGAGCAGUUUGGGCCCUCAGUCAGUACCAGGACGAAGAGCUGUUUUUAGGUGUGUAUCCAGAUAAGCACUUCACUGAGCAAUCAGUCAUAGAAGCCACUAAGACUUUCCGCAAGAAACUAUUUGAAGUGACCAACAUCAUCAAGAGCCGAAAUGAAAAACUGAAACUGCCCUAUUGGUAUCUGUCUCCAGACAGAAUCCCUAACAGUGUGGCCAUCUGAGAGAGCAUCUAUGCUUUCUUGGUCAAAUUCUCAGGCUGAUAGAAGACUGAUAAAACAUCUUUGGUGACCAGACAAGACUUGCUGUUGAUAGAUAUUACUGGUUUGGAUACCACACAAAACAGAUAUUUUCUAAUAGGAUUUGACAUCUGAGGUUGGAGGUUGGAAAGAAAUCUAACAGUAAAACGAAUAAGAUAUUAUUCUGGCAUCGACGCUAUAAUAUAUGAUGCUUGAGUGAGGAGGGAUAUUUCUAUUUUUAGAUACAUCUUCCUUCAAUCUCCAUUCUCAUUUUUUACAUCUCUUCAUUCUUGCAUCCUAAGAUGGAACUACUGUAGGAUACUAGGAAAGGAAACAAUGGAGGGACUUGAGGAUGCACAUUAGUUUUAUUAAGUAUACAUGAUUAAGAGAGAAACAGAUACAUCCAAUCCAAUCUAGUUUGUUGAACUGCCUGACAUUCUCUUGCACAAUUCAAUAAUCUACUAUUACUUUAAUGUAUAUGUAUUGGCCGUGUUCAUUAAAAAUUUAAAGGGGUCAUAUGAUGCGAUUUCAAGUUUUCCUUUCUCUUUGGAGUGUUACAAGCUCUUGGUGAAUAAAGAAGAUCUGUAAAGUUGCAAAGACUAAAGUCUCAAAUCCAAAGAGAUAUUCUUUAUAAAAGUUAAGAGUCAACCACAUCCCCCUAAACUACCUAAACUACACCCCCCGAAACUACAUUGUUUGGCCUUCCAAAAGAGGAUGCAACUAGAAAUCAGUGGUUAAGUUUUAUUUACAACACAAAAAUCCAUCCAAAUAUUCAGAUGUGUGCUGCGCAUUUUAUGGAGGAUGAGGACUGUUUCCUGAACCAGUAGCCUGCAAUGCUUCUGUGGCACAACGGCUGUUUCUAAACUUUACAAGGACAGCCUGACGCUUCUGACUCACAGCCUGUAAGUACGUUUUUUAUAUUUAAAUAAUUUGCCAAUGAUGAUUCAAACAUGAGUUUUGA